GAAUGGAUACUCUGAGAUAGAACGAGAAAAAGCAAAUUUGAUUAAUGCUACUUCUAUUAGUUUGGAACAAUUGGAAAAGUCUAAAAACGAAACCCUUUAUUUUGAAAAACAAAGGGCAAUGAAUCAGGUCCGACAGCGGGUUUUCCAACAGGCCGUACAAGGAGCUCUAGGAACUCUGAAUAGUUGUUUGAAUACCGAGUUACAUUUCCGUACGAUUCGUGCUAAUAUUGGCAUUCUCGGGUCCCUGGAAUGGAAGAGAUAAUUAAAUUAAUUAGGCCUUGAACUUCUACUUUCGUUUAGAAUUUAGGCAUUAUUUUUCCCCUUGCUUCCGAAAAAAGAGUCAAGAAACACUAAUGGCAACCCUUCGAGUCGACGAAAUUCAUAAAAUUCUCCGCGAACGUAUUGAACAAUAUAAUAGGAAAGUAGGGAUUGAGAAUAUAGGUCGCGUAGUUCAAGUGGGGGAUGGGAUUGCUCGUAUUAUAGGUCUUGGUGAAAUAAUGUCAGGUGAAUUAGUCGAAUUUGCAGAAGGUACUAGGGGUAUUGCUCUGAAUUUGGAAUCCAAAAAUGUUGGGAUUGUAUUAAUGGGCGAUGGGUUGAUGAUACAAGAGGGAAGUUUUGUAAAAGCAACAGGAAGAAUUGCUCAGAUACCCGUGAGUGAGGCUUACUUGGGUCGUGUUGUAAAUGCUCUGGCUAAACCUAUUGAUGGGAAAGGCGAAAUUAUAGCUUCCGAAUCUCGCUUAAUUGAAUCUCCUGCUCCAAGUAUAAUUUCCAGGCGUUCCGUAUACGAACCUCUUCAAACAGGGCUUAUUGCUAUCGAUUCGAUGAUCCCUAUAGGGCGCGGUCAGCGAGAGUUAAUUAUUGGGGACAGACAGACUGGCAAAACAGCAGUAGCCACAGAUACAAUUCUCAAUCAAAAAGGGCAAGGUGUAAUAUGUGUUUAUGUAGCUAUCGGUCAAAGAGCAUCCUCCGUAGCUCAAGUAGUAACUACUUUCCAUGAGGAGGGGGCUAUGGAAUACACUAUUGUAGUAGCUGAAAUGGCGGAUUCACCUGCUACAUUACAAUACCUCGCUCCUUAUACGGGAGCAGCCCUGGCUGAGUAUUUUAUGUACCGCGAACGGCAUACUUUAAUAAUUUAUGAUGAUCUCUCCAAACAGGCACAAGCUUAUCGCCAAAUGUCCCUUCUAUUAAGAAGACCUCCCGGCCGUGAGGCUUAUCCAGGGGAUGUUUUUUAUUUGCAUUCACGCCUUUUAGAAAGAGCCGCUAAAUUAAAUUCUCUUUUAGGCGAAGGAAGUAUGACCGCUUUACCAAUAGUUGAGACUCAAUCUGGAGACGUUUCCGCCUAUAUUCCUACUAAUGUAAUCUCCAUUACAGAUGGACAAAUAUUCUUAUCUGCGGAUCUAUUCAAUGCCGGAAUUCGACCCGCUAUUAAUGUGGGUAUUUCUGUUUCCAGAGUAGGAUCCGCGGCUCAAAUUAAAGCCAUGAAACAAGUAGCUGGCAAAUCAAAAUUGGAACUAGCGCAAUUCGCAGAGUUACAAGCCUUUGCACAAUUCGCCUCUGCUCUCGAUAAAACAAGUCAGAAUCAAUUGGCAAGGGGUCGACGAUUAAGGGAAUUGCUUAAACAAUCCCAGGCAAAUCCUCUCCCAGUGGAAGAGCAGAUAGCUACUAUUUAUACCGGAACAAGAGGAUAUCUUGAUUCGUUAGAAAUUGAACAGGUAAAUAAAUUUCUGGAUGAGUUACGUAAACAUCUAAAAGAUACUAAACCUCAAUUCCAAGAAAUUAUAUCUUCUAGCAAGACAUUCACCGAGCAAGCGGAAAUCCUUUUGAAGGAAGCUAUUCAGGAACAGCUGGAACGGUUUUCUCUUCAGUAACAAAUAAAUUUUGCAUGUCUACUCUUGUUAGUAGAAUAGGAAUCGUUGAGAAAGCUUUUUCAUUUGAAUCAUGCAAAAAAGUUUUCUUUGUUUUUAGUUUAGUAUAGUUAUUUAAAGAAUAGAUAGAAAUAAGAUUGCGUCCAAUAGGAUUUGAACCUAUACCAAAGGUUUAGAAGACCUCUGUCCUAUCCAUUAGACAAUGGACGCUUUUCUUUCAUAUUUUAUUCUUUCUUUUAUUUUUUUGCUUCUUCCGAGAAAAAACUGUUAGACCAAAACUCUUUUAGGAAAUCAAAAAAUCCAGAUACAAAUGCAUGAUGUAUAUAUUAUAUCAUGCAUAUAUCAUAAAGAAGGAGUAUGGAGCCGGUAGUGGGAAUCGAACCCGCAACCCCAAGGUUAUGAGCCUUAUGAGCUACCAAACUGCUCUAUACUCUUAAACUAAAGAGGGGUAACUAGUGGAUAAAAGAGGGUUGGAUACGCCCCUCUACCAAUAUCUAUACAAAUAGAAUAGUCCAUUUAUACAUAAUGGUAAAGAGGGCUCCUCUAUGAUUAUCAAUUCCAGAAAUCCAUACAAAUACGAAAGGGUAUUUUAUCCUUACCAACUGGAUCUUGUUGCACCCGGUAACAAACACUCAUAAACCAUUUCUCGAAGUACGUGUCCGGAUAGCCCAAAAUGUCGAUAGUUAGCUCUAGGUCUUCCGGUCAAAAAACAACGUCGAUGAAGGCGUGUAGGUGCACUAUUACGCGGUAGGGAUUGCAAUUUUUCUCGCAUUUUCGUUUUUUCACUCAAACUCAAGGGAGAAACUUUGCUUCUUAUCUUUUUUUUUAAGAUUGACGAAUCAAAUGAUAUUUCUGUUCUAAUUUCUGCCGCUUCUUCUCCCUCUGAAUCAAACUUUUUUUUGCCAUAAUGUGUCGUUGCUAUUAUUACCAAGUAUACGGUUCUAAUCCUAGAUGGAAAAAUAAAUAGAAAAAGAAAUCUAAAAAGGCAGAUCCUCCCUCUCUAUCAAGAGUAAUGAACUAGGUGCUGAUACAGUACAAAAAAACAAA